AUGUUCAGAGGAGGAAUCCAGCAGCAGGGAAGCACGCAGCCCUUGCCCCAACAUGAGCCCGAAGCCCCCUGGCUGGGCACCACCCAGCACUGCCUGGGAGAAGGCCCAAGGAAGCGCCACGUGGCUCCAUCAACUGUGGUGCCCUUGACAGCUGAAGAGGAGCAGAUGAGCAACAUGUGGAUUAAGGUCGAUGUGGAUGUACUGGGUGACGAAGCCCUUGCCAGCUUAGUGGUGGUGUUACCCAGAUUCCUGAGGUUCGCCAACUUUGGGAACCUCUCCAGCGCUGCUACCAUCAGUGGCAACCCCACAGUUCGCGCCCAUGGAAAGAAGGUGCCGACCUCCUUUGGGGACGCCAUCAAGAAUCUGGACAACAAACAAACCUUUGCCAAACUGAGCAAGCUGCACUGCAACAAGGUCCACGUGGACCCCGAGAACUUCAAGCUUCUGGGGGAUGUCCUCAUUAUCGUCUUGGCGUUCCACUUGGGUAAAGAGUUCACCCCUGCCUACCAUGCCGCCUUCCACAAGCUGGUCCAGGUGGUUGCCCACGCCUUGGCUCACCGCUACCACUAAACCAGCCGGAGGGACACACAGU